AUGAAGAUCAACGUUGGCUUCGAUACGGUCAAUGUGGACGGUAGCACCUUUCGGGCUUGGUUCCCUCAGCUGUCGUAUAUGUCCGGAUUUGACGGUGAUCUCGUGGAAGACAUCAACACCCGCAUUGGUGGAAGGUAUGGCAUAACGCGAGAGGACAUUGAACACACGCUGCUCGCAUUCUUCAAACAACUGGAGUAUCGUCUCGUUUCGUUGGAAGGCCAGACACGGAUACGCGUAGUUGGUUUUCUGAUGAACCAAGUGCAGAAAGACAUGCAAGAGGUGUGGAAGGCCAGGGGCCUUAGAAAAUCGCGGCACAUGUUCGUUGUUUUGGCCUACCUAGCAUCAGAGGGUCAAUCCAUCUACCUUGCUGAAGCCUUGAUUCGAUUUUGGUCGCAAGGAACGCGGUAUCUAAUGCAGGAGUCACAGCAAUACCACGGAGACUGGCGCAAAGCUCUCGAAAAGAUCCGGGAAUUGAUGGAAGGCCCUCCCAAUUUGCGUCUUGAAGCACUCGCGAUGAUUCCAUACGCUGAGAUGCAUCGUCGUCGAUCCCCUCGCGCCUUAGCACUGCCAUGGCUAGGGCACAGAGCUCGGUCACUACCAGCAAUUCGACAUCGUCACAACGCAGACAUGCGUCUCGCCAGUCCCUCAUAUCCCAGCUCUGCCUGGACCUCGCCAGUCAUUUCACCUAUCGGCUAUCCGAGAGACGACUAUCUCGAGGAGCUCGGCAACCUUCAGUACCAACAGAGUGAAAUGAACAUGAAGUUGAACAACGUCGAUGGAAAGCUUGACCUUCUACUUGCUAGCUAUUACUAG